AAAAUAUAUAUUCGCAUAUAUUGAUUAAUAGAUUGACGGAUCGAUUGAUUGAUUGUCGAAAAUGUCCGCUUGGCCUGCCGUGCGAAAGCAAAUAACCGCCUCAGUGCGYACCACAAAUCGCAUGAAUGCUCUGCUYAUGGAAUCGAUGUUGGGCAAGAAACGCGCCUUACAGAAGCUGCAUUCCAACGCCGGUGAGGGCGAAGAAGUUGAAUGUGCCGUCGAGAAGCCGAAGCGCGAGUGGGAAUACUUUCGUAAUAACUUCAGCAUGGAAGCGGUUUAUAAGCUGAUUGAGACGGCUAUUGAGGAGCGUUUAACGUGGGAUCGCUUUGGUCGUUCCUAUGAUUCGUGGCGUUCGCUACAAAUGGCCGAAACAYUGGCGGCGGAUAUACGAGAUCGUGUGAAGCGCCUGCAGCAUAAGAGACAUCGCAUCGUUUGCCUGCUAUCCAUAGUGGAGAAACAAAACCAAGGCCUUAGCUUUCGCAUGCGCCAUUUACUGGAUGAAAAGAUGGAUAAUUUUACGAAUUUGGUUUAUGAACGGCCGUCUUACUACAUGGUGGUGACUUUAUUUUUGGUGUAUAAGGACUGAAAAAAGCGGUUUUCCUUMAGCUUUUACGGCCUAUAAAGCUUUUGUUGUUGAUAAGUGGUUUGAUGACUGAAUAUGCAUGAUGCUUGAAAGUUUUAUUGUUGUUUGUAUUGUUGAAAUUCGGUUUAGCAUAGCUUAGAACCAGUUAGGUAAAGCUAAUAAAAUAUAUAAUAAGCAAAAACUUGAAUAUAUGUAAC